AUGGCCAGUAAUCGUGAUUACAUUCUUUUCUUCAUUUUCAUUCGACCCAAUUUCGUUAAGGCUCGGGUCAAUUCAAUUAUUUACAUUCAAAAUCCACAUAGCGUUAUAAUUCUACAAAUUAAUCUAUUUGCAGUAAUUUAUGCCUGCCUAUCUAUCUAUCUAUCUAUCUAUCUAUCUAUCUAUCUAUCUACAAUAACAUAUAUAUUGCCAACGUUAAGAGAGUCUAUCAUCUAUUCAUCUAUCUAUCUAUCUAUCUAUCUAUCUAUCUAUCUAUCUAUCUAUCUAUCUGGUAUCUAUCUAUCUAUCUAUCUAUCUAUCUAUCUAUCUAUCUAUCUAUCUAUCUAUCUAUCUAUCUAUCUCUGUCUCUCUAUCUGUGUCAGUACCGCCUUUAUCUAUCUAUCUAUCUAUCUAUCUAUCUAUCUAUCUAUCUAUCUAUCUAUCUAUCUAUCAAUCUAUCUAUCUAUCAGUCUGUCUGCCUGUAUGUAUGUAUGUCUCUCUGUGUGUCUGUUUAUUUCUUUCUCUCUCUCUUUAUCUAUCUAUCUAUCUAUCUAUCUAUCUAUCUAUCUAUCUAUCUAUCUAUCCCACAUUGUUCAUAUACGUCACUACUGGUUUAUCUAUCUAUCUAUCUAUCUAUCUAUCUAUCUAUCUAUCUAUCUAUCUAUCUAUCCCGCUCAAUUCAUAUCUAUCUACUCAUCUAUGUCCUUUAUCUUAUGUUAUUAA